AUGGUAUGUAUAGUCGAGCAUAAUCCAAAGUAUAAUAAUUUUAGUGCAAUGACUACUAACGUUACGAAAUCACCUUUGCCUCGUAACCCCAUUUCUGCUCUUCGUGACCCGAAUUGGAAAAUGGCCAUGGAUGAUGAAUUUAAUGCUCUUAUCAAAAAUAAGACGUGGGAGUUGGUGCCCUGUCCGCCGGAUGUUAAUGUUAUUCGUUCUAUGUGGAUUUUUACUCACAAAGUAAAAUCUGACGGUUCUUUUGAGAGGCAUAAAGCCCGUCUUGUAGGUGAUGGCAAAACACAACAGGUUGACAUUGAUUGUGGGGAGACUUUUAGUCCGGUUGUGAAGCCGGCUACUAUUCGUACUAUUCUUAGCCUUAAUUUGUCUAAAGCUUGGUCGAUCCAUCAACUUGAUGUUAAGAACGCUUUUUUACAUGGUGAGCUUCAGGAGACAGUCUAUAUGCAUCAACCCUUUGGGUACCGUGAUAAAACUCACCCUGAUUAUGUGUGUUUAUUGCGGGGCUCUUUAUAUGGUCUUAAGUAG